GUCUACCCGUUUGUUACCGUUUUGGCUUGGCCAUGUUACAUGAGAAAACCAAGCUCAUCGGCUUACCUAAGCCCCUUAUUGUCAACCAGUUUUAUCAAACACGUUACAUGCAUCUAUCUCUCGAGUCAGUUACCUACACAAAACUCGUUCAACGCUCCACCAAAUCCAGUUGUUUCCUCCACGGGAAACUUGCCCAUGCUCAUAUCAUCAAGUCUGCUUUCAAGCCAUGCCUUUUCUUGCAAAACAAUCUGUUGAACAUGUACUCAAAAGCUGGAAAAAUGGAUGUUGCUCGCCGCUUGUUUGACAGAAUGUCCCAACCAAAUCUCGUUUCCUAUAAUUCUUUGAUUUCUGGGUAUAAUCAGAUGGGUGCUUUUGAUAAAGCCAUGCAAGUGUUCACUGAAGCUAGAAAAGCAUGUCUAAAACUUGAUAAAUUCACUUAUGCCGGUGCUUUAAAUGUUAGCGCUCAAACGGGGGAUCUCAAGCUAGGGGUGCUAAUUCAUGGACUGGUUGUAGUAAGUGGAUUGAUUGAGAAAGAAUUUUUAACGAACUCCUUGAUAGAUAUGUAUUGCAAAUGUGAAUGCGUUGAUCAGGCAAGGUAUUUGUUUGAGAAUUCCAAGCAGAUAGAUGAGAUUUCAUGGAAUACAUUGAUUUCAGGUUAUGUUCGUAUGAAUAAAAAUGAAGAGAUGUUGAAACUAUUAAUUAGCAUGCAUAGAAAUGGAUUGAACUUGAAUACUUAUACCAUGGGAAGUGUCUUAAAGGCUUGUUGUACAAGCACGGAUGUGGGGAUAAUGUAUGGGAAAAUGAUUCAUGGAUGUAUAAUGAAACUUGGGUUUGACAUUGACAUUGUUGUUGGGACAGCAUUGCUUGAUAUGUAUGCGAAAAGGGGAGAACUGUACUGUGCAAUCAAAAUUUUUACAAGCAUGUCAGAUCGCAAUAUUGUCAUGUAUAAUGCCUUGAUAUCUGGAUUUAUAGAAACAGAAAGGAUUACCAAGGAAUGCGCUAACGAAACCAGCAAACUUUUCCUUGAAGUACAAAGACAAGGAUUGAAGCCCUCAAAAUUUACAUUCUCAAGCAUGCUUAAAGCUUGUAUUGCAGUCGAAGAUUUUGUCUAUGCCAAGCAAAUUCACGGUCAAUUAUGCAAGUAUAACUUGCAGUCAGAUGAGUUCAUAGGAAGUGCACUGAUUGAACUGUAUUCCUUGAUGGGAUCAACCGAAGAAAGUUUGAAAUGUUUUAGAUCAACUCCCAAGCGAGAUAUUGUCUUGUGGACAUCCAUGAUUGCCGGAUAUAUUCAGAAUGGGCAAUUUGAAAGAGCAUUGAGUCUCUUUUAUGAGCUGAUGGCCUGUGGAGGAAGACCAGAUGAGUUCACUAUCUCAAACAUUUUGAGUGCUUGUGCAGUUCUCGCAACUGCAAGAUUGGGUGAGCAGGUUCAUGGACAUGUCAUGAAAAGUGGCUUUAAGAAUUUCAGAAUUGUUCAAAACUCACAGAUUUGCAUGUACGCAAAGUGUGGUGACAUAGAUGCCGCUAAUCUGACAUUUCAAGAGACAGAGAAUCCAGAUGUGGUUUCUUGGUCAGUGAUAAUCUGUAGCUGCGCACAACAUGGAUGUGCUACAUAUGCUUUAAACCUCUUUGGGUUGAUGAAGGAACGUGGGAUUAAGCCUAAUCAUAUUACUUUUGUAGGAAUUUUAUCCGCUUGCAGUUAUGGAGGGCUUGUCGAAGAAGGAUUAAAAUACUUUGAAAGCAUGAAGGAUUAUGGCGUUGAAACCAGCAUAGAGCAUUAUUGCUGUGUUGUUGAUCUCUUUGGUCGUGCUGGAAGAUUAGCAGAGGCUGAAAACUUCAUCCUCACCUCGGGUUUCAAGAAUAAUCCAAUAAUGUGGCGAGCCUUGUUGAGUGCUUGCAGGGUUUACAAGGACACUGUAACUGGGAAACGUGCUGCAAUGAAAAUCAUUGAGCUUGAACCCCUAGAGUCUGCAUCUUAUGCUCUUCUUCACGGCAUCUAUGCUGAUGCUGCUGUAGAAACAUUGGCUGCGAAUGUCAAAGAACUGGUGCAACAGCGAGGGGUUAAGAAGGAGCCUGGUCUUAGCUGGAUUUAGGUUGGAAACAUAGUUCAUUUAUUUCUGUGGUUGAAAUAUCUCACCUUUAGAAUCAAGUAAUCUAGUGAGGUUGGGAGAAGUUUUGGAAAAGACAAGGAAUUUGGUUUUGUUAAUGAGAGGACUGCUUCUAGUUCAAGCAAAACAAAACACAAAGGGAGCUCAGAGAUGAACUAUCGCACUAUGAAACUUAAAAAUGACCAUUUGAAACGAGAGGGGCAGAAUAGAAAAAGCUGUUUGGACAAAGAACCUACAUUACCCAAAACUUGGGUGAGUGUGGGUAUGCAUCUGACACGGCUAUAUUUGAUUUUAUCCAAGUCUUUUCAUGUAUUUGGAGAUCUUUGAAAGGCAAAUUUUCCUACCCGU